CAGCAAAAUUUAUUUACUAUUCUUUAAUUUUGUUUUCCUUCCUGUGAAAAUUUUAACUUCAAACUGACGUGUUUAGUGAAGUUGUCAGAUUUUUAUACAACCACUAGGUCACCAAUCUAGCCCAUAAAUAUGUACACAGCAGAGAUACCAUCGCCAAGAUUACUCCACUCUUGAGACAGUAGCUCUAGUAUGGUGGCAGAGAAGCUUGUGAGUUGUGACUGAUGAUACAGCAGCUCAAGCUCCAGCGUGAUUGACGCCAGCGAUCGGGAUGCAGAAGAUGAGUCGUCGCAGCCGCAGCUGGUCUGGCGUAGCGGCGCCGUUGGUGAUCUUUUGGUACUGCGCUUAUUGUGCCACUGCAACGGCUGCGGCGGCGGCGGCAAUGGCGGGCGCUGGUGGAGGAGAGGCGGAGCAUCAGCUCGGCGACGCCAAGUACAAGGACCCGAAGCAAGCGCUGAACACGAGGAUCGACGACCUGCUGCGACGGAUGACCCUCGCCGAGAAGAUUGGCCAGAUGUCACAGAUUGAGCGGGUGAAUGCCACGGCCGACGUUAUGAAGAACUACUUCAUAGGGAGCGUGCUGAGCGGUGGUGGCAGCGUCCCGGCUCCCAACGCGGCAGCGGCUGAGUGGGUGAAGAUGGUCAACGAGAUCCAACGGGGUGCCAUGUCCUCGCGCCUCGGGAUCCCCAUGCUCUACGGCAUCGACGCCGUCCAUGGGCACAACAACGUCUACGGGGCCACCAUCUUCCCCCACAACAUCGGCCUUGGUUGCACUAGGGAUCCAGAGCUAGUGCAGAAGAUUGGAGCAGCGGUUGCGCUCGAGGUUAGAGCCACCGGAAUCCCUUACGUCUUCGCACCAUGUAUUGCGGUGUGUAGAGACCCGACGUGGGGCCGAUGUUACGAGAGCUUCAGCGAAGACCACAAUCUCGUCCAGCAGAUGACAUCCAUCAUAUCCGGUUUCCAAGGAGAGAUCCCGGCAAACGGUCGCCUUGGAGCACCUUUCGUCGCCGGGCAGCACAAUGUCGCCGCAUGCGCGAAGCACUACGUCGGCGAUGGCGGAACAACUGAUGGCAUCAACGAGAACAACACAGUGGCCACUUUCCACGAGUUGCUCAGCAUCCACAUGCCGCCGUACUAUAAUGCCGUCAUCCGGGGGGUUUCCACUGUCAUGGUCUCCUUCUCCAGCCUUAACGGCGUCAAGAUGCAUGCCAACAAGCCUUUUGUCACUGACUUCCUCAAGACAAAACUUCGGUUCAGGGGUUUUGUUAUUUCUGACUACGAAGGGAUCGAUAGGCUGACGACCCCUCAACAUGCGGACUAUGUUUUAUCUGUCAAGCUGGGGAUCCUAGCCGGCAUCGACAUGGUGAUGAUCCCGUAUACGUACACGGAGUUCAUCGACGACCUCACACUGCUGGUGCAGAACGGCACCAUCCCGAUGAGCCGCAUCGACGACGCUGUCCGCCGCAUCCUCCGCGUCAAGUUCACCAUGGGUCUCUUCGACAACCCCUACGCGGACACCAGCCUCGUCGGCGAGCUCGGCAAGCAGGAGCACCGCGACCUGGCGCGCGAGGCCGUGCGCAAGUCCCUCGUCCUCCUCAAGAACGGCAAGCCUGGCGCAAAGCCGCUGCUGCCGCUGCCCAAGAAGCUCUCCUACGGCGGCAGAGUCCUGGUCGCCGGCAGCCACGCUGACGAUCUCGGUAGCCAGUGCGGCGGCUGGACCAUCACCUGGCAGGGCCUCACGGGGAACAACCUCACCGCAGGCACCACCAUCCUCGACGGCAUCAGGCGCGCCGUCGCCCCCGGCACGGACGUCGUCUACUCCGAGAACCCCGACGCGGGCUUCGUCCAGCAGAACAAGGCACGGUUCGACUACGCCGUCGUCGUCGUCGGCGAGCCCCCCUACGCCGAGACGCUGGGCGACAACCUGAACCUGACCAUCCCUGCGCCCGGGCCGGACGUCAUCCGGAACGUGUGCGGCAGCAUCAGGUGCGUCGUGGUGCUCGUCUCCGGGCGGCCGCUGGUGGUGGAGCCGUUCAUGGAUAUCAUCGACGCGCUGGUGCACUACUGCACAGCCGACAUCCACCGAGCGCCACAAACGCUCGGUGGAUUAACAAAGCCGCUCGGUACACCGUCUACCGAGCGUAUCGCUCGGUGAGUUUUGCUCGGUAAAAAUUUAGUCGAUGAACUAAGUCCACCGAGAGCUGGAUACCAGCCCCUCGGUACAAUAGUCCACCGAGGGCAAAUCUGCCCCUCGGUACAAAACUAGCAGAUGACGGCGUUACCUUCUUUCCCUUCGUUAGCGUUGCCGUCGACUCCACUUACACCGAGAGCAGAGAAGUAAACCCUCGGUGCUAAUGUUCUACCGAGGGCGUAGUUGCCCCCCGGUAGAUGUUUAUAAAUGGGUCCCAGCUGUCGGGGUUUUUAAAAUCUGAAACCUAUUUAAAUAAA